AUGUUGGAUAAAAUCGUCUUCGACAUGGACGCAAAGCAGCAGCGGCACCUCAACUCGCUCGGAGCAGAGGUCCCUUGCACACCAGAAACGCACUCCCCCUCCAUCGUCAUCUUCAAAGACGAGACGAGCGCGACGGAGACUUCAUCGAUACUCACUCUGGCGCCCGAGUACCUCGAUGAGAGGGAGCGCGAAGGAAAACCUCUGGCGUGGGAGCCCGAGGCGCCACUUAUGCACCCCAUCGACAUCUACGAGGUACGGCGGCUGUUAUUGCUACAAGCCUGA